UGUCGUCGAGUGCAAAAAGCAGCGAGCGGCCGAGCCGAGUGCAUGUCGUUGGCGUCUCGCGGACUAUGGCGUGGGGAUACUGGAGUGCCACUCUCGUGACCGACAAGGGUCGCUCGCCGCGUAAACAGUCGUCGUCGCGGCUCAGCUCAAACUUCCAGCGGCGGGCCUCGUUUCGCGACCCGCUCUCGUCGCGUGAAUUCACCCUGCACUCGGUGCCCGGGCCGAGCAACCAUCACGCCCACCCGGCGCCGCCGACGGUCGCCUCGGUCGUGCACAACCACGCGGCCGAGUGCCCGGUGGCCAUCGCGGCGGCCGCGGCCGCUGAGGCGCACGGCGGAGCCUCCUCCAGCCUUGGACACUACCCCAGCGUGCUCCACCAGCCGCACCAUCUCCACCACCACAUCCAGGCGGCGUCGGCGCCCGUGUCGCCGGCGCCCACUCCCGCUCCGACCCGCGAGAACUCGCCGGCGCCCUCGCCAGGGCACACGUCCGAGGACGAGGUGGAAAUCAUCCUUGAUGAAGUUUUCCCGAAUGUGCCGGCUGCAGCUGGAAUGCCAUGCCAAGGAGAAGACCGCAGCAUCUAUCGACGGGGCGCGCGCCGUUGGAGGAAACUCUACUUGGUCAACGGACACAUCUUCCAGGCCAAGAGGUUCAAUAGGAGAGCAUUCUGCGCGUUCUGCCGCGACCGAAUAUGGGGCCUCGGUCGGCAGGGCUUCAAGUGCAACCAGUGCAAGCUGCUAGUGCACAAGAAGUGCCACAAAUUGGUGCAGCGGCCGUGCAACGCCGACCAACACCACGAAGACUCGCGUGAGCUGCGCGAAGAGCAGAAUGGUGGAGGUAGCUUUUUACCAGAGCCCGAUUAUUACGGGCACACGUAUAGAAAAGCAGGCACUCCCACCUCGGAUUUGCUGCCCGAUUCCAAAGAUUACCACGAAUCUCCAGACUUGACGAGUGAGUCGGUGGCUGUCGAGGAUCCUGGAAAGUACUGCUACAUUUACCACUCACGCUCCGAGGAAGCUUUGGAGCCUGGCACUCAACGCCAGUACUCGCUCAACGACUUUGAACUGAUUCGCGUCAUCGGCCGAGGCAGCUACGCUAAGGUGCUGAUGGUCGAGCUCAAGAAGACGCGACGCAUUUACGCCAUGAAAGUCAUCAAGAAGGCUCUUGUUACAGACGAUGAGGACAUUGACUGGGUGCAAACGGAAAAACAUGUGUUCGAGACGGCAUCAAACCACCCAUUCCUGGUGGGCCUGCACUCGUGUUUCCAGACACCGAGCCGCUUGUUCUUCGUGAUCGAAUUUGUGCGAGGCGGUGACCUCAUGUUCCACAUGCAGCGACAGCGCCGCCUGCCCGAAGAGCACGCCCGCUUCUACGCCGCAGAGAUCAGCCUUGCACUCAACUUUUUGCACGACAAAGGCAUCAUAUACCGAGAUUUGAAACUGGAUAACGUUCUGCUCGAUCACGAGGGACACAUCAAACUCACUGACUAUGGAAUGUGCAAAGAGGGAAUCAGGCAAGGGGACACGACCUCAACUUUCUGCGGCACGCCUAACUACAUUGCGCCAGAGAUCCUCCGUGGGGAGGAUUAUGGUUUCAGUGUCGACUGGUGGGCGCUAGGAGUGCUGUUAUAUGAAAUGCUGGCUGGCAGAAGUCCGUUCGACAUUGCUGGUGCGACAGACAACCCUGAUCAAAACACUGAGGAUUAUUUGUUCCAAGUUAUACUGGAAAAGACGAUUCGAAUUCCGCGUUCGCUGUCUGUGAAGGCCGCGUCGGUGCUCAAGGGCUUCCUGAACAAGAACCCAGCCGACCGUCUAGGCUGCCUCAGAGAAACUGGCUUCAUUGCCAUUGUUGAACACCCCUUCUUCAAAAGUAUUGAUUGGGAUCUGCUGCAUCAGAAACAAAUUGCGCCCCCCUUCCAACCCCAACUCGAGUCAGAGUAUGACUGUGACAAUUUUGACCCCCAGUUCACUUUGGAACCGGUUCACUUGACGCCAGACGACGCGAGGGUGAUCGAAAAGAUCGACCAGUCCGAGUUUGAAGGGUUCGAGUACGUGAACCCGCUUCUGAUGUCUCUGGAGGACUGUGUGUGACGUCCAGGUUCGCGGGGGCCCCCUCCCCCGCCACCUGCCCGGCACUCGUCGGUCAGCGCCAACACGCGCAAGCGGGCGACCUCGUUGGUGCGGCCGUUGCCUCGACCCCCGCCCCCGGACAGGCCGUCAACGCCGCUCGAACCGCCGUACAUGGGCAGCCUCAAACUAUCCACGCGCUCGAUGACUCUCACCCUGUAAACAAUUCUAACCCCGCCGCUGGAACGAUUAUUUUUCUUAACGGGUCGGCAGAAAAAAUGAUUCACUUACAUUUUGGCUAAAAUACUAAACGUUGAUAGAGGUUUCACGAAGGGAAUAUUUCGGCUGUUGCUCGUUUUUGACACUUGUGUCAUUGUGCUUUGAGUUUUACCUUUAAUGCAGCUUCCUGAACUAUUUGUUUGGUUCACAAUUCAAGCAGCUUUAUUAGAAUCCACCAUGGCAGUUGAGUCGAUUCGCUUUUUUACCGGUGUGUUAUUCAUUAGUUUUAUAAAAUGUGACUUCCAAAUGGCGCCAAAAUGAACAUCCAGGCAUGGUCAGCUUUUUCCUCGGAAUAACGAAAAAUCCAUGCCUUGCACGACCUCUGUCAAAAAUUACUACAACGCUAGAAAUUUUCCCUGUCGAAUAGAGGCCCCUUAAAACAGUACAAGAGGAUAAGGAAUUCACCUAGAGGGUUGUCGUUUCAUUUCAGAAAGAAACUGUGAACGCUUUGAUAUAAAAAUAGCUAUGAUUGUUGACUAAACCCGUAGAGAGAUAAAUUAUAUGAAUAUAUCGAAGUAUGGUACUUCCGUAUUGUAUCGUUAGUUGAAGAAAAUCUUGUCCAAACCAAGUUGCUCAUGUUAUACAUGUUAAUAACUUAAAAAGGCUUUUAACAGAAAAAUCUUGUACUAGCGCUCAUUCUUGACGAAAGUUGUUGAAUUAUUAAAUUAGAAAAGAGAAAGAGAGAUAAAGUUAUCAAAAUAAGGACAGACUCUGGUCUGUUCAACCUUUUCGUUCGUCAGCGUACUAAUUUUACUGUUAACUUUAUACACACACUGAGUAUUUUUAAUUCGGAGGGUACUGCUUUUUUGGUGCUACUGAACUUUACCACUAUUUUUCUCCAGUCUAUCGUAGAAGUACACACGCGGGUCUGCGGACCUUUAGCUAUGCAUUCCAGUAUCUCAUACAUACCGUAUUAUAUUUUUGUCUAAUCACACUUUCGAAUCAUGUAAAUUCGCACCGACACUUUAGGCGAACGGGGGAAAUGUUGUGCAUCUUUUAGUACGUCUUUUUAGCCCUUCGUUUUUAAACCGUAACAAUCGAGAAAGAAUAAUCAAAAGGAAUUAAUCAUGUAAUGUAUACAAAGAAAUAAACAAACGCAUACUUAAUUCAUUUAAUUUUUGUAAAAAGAUGCUACGUUUUUAUCACUUUUAUGUAAAUAUACUACCUUGGCAUUCCUCAUUUAUUUUACAUUCCAUUUUAUCAUGUUUGGUUACUUGAAUCGUGUUUUACCAAAGACGGCGUAACAAUGGUGCAUUUCGAGAAAUGUUUCUAGACACAGCCGACGACCGGAAUUGAAUGUAAGCAGCCUUAUCAUGUAUCGUGUUUUAGAAUUACCUUCUCGUACACACACACACACACAGACACUCGCAACACACACAUACACACACACACAUUACUGUCACUUAUGUGUCCCAGCUGCUGUCAGUUGGAGUUAAUUAUACAUUUGUUCGACAAAAUAAAAUUAUUGGCUAAAAUUA